CGGGACUUGCCCGGAGGUGGGGAUCUGGGAUCCGGAAACACCUGAGCUAUUCCCGGUCUUGUUUGUUUAGUGCACAAGGGGCGUUUUUUCUUUCUGGAUCUGAUGUCCAGAGUGUGAGGUGUCUUCUCUCCCGGCCUCCUGGAGCAGUGUGGAGGUUGCCGCACUCUGGGCCGCGGCCUGGUGCCCUGUCGUGAGGGCCCCCAUUUCUUCCGACCAUGCCCGCGGCCGCUGCCCCCAUCAUAAGCUCCGUCCAGAAGCUGGUUCUGUACGAGACCAGAGCUAGAUACUUUCUAGUUGGGAGCAAUCAUGCAGAAACAAAAUAUCGUGUUUUGAAGAUUGAUAGAACAGAACCGAAAGAUUUGGUCAUAAUUGAUGAUAGGCAUGUAUAUACUCAGCAAGAAGUGAGAGAACUUCUUGGCCGCUUGGAUCUAGGAAAUAGAACAAAGAUGGGACAGAAAGGAUCCUCUGGGUUAUUUCGAGCUGUUUCAGCUUUUGGUGUUGUAGGUUUUGUGAGGUUUCUAGAAGGCUAUUAUAUUGUAUUAAUAACUAAAAGGAGGAAGAUGGCAGAUAUUGGAGGUCAUGCAAUAUAUAAGGUUGAAGAUACAAAUAUGAUCUAUAUACCCAACGAUUCUGUACGAAUUACUCAUCCUGAUGAAGCCCGGUAUCUACGAAUCUUUCAAAAUGUGGACCUAUCUAGCAAUUUUUACUUUAGUUACAGCUAUGAUUUGUCCCACUCACUUCAAUAUAAUCUCACUGUCUUGCGAAUGCCCCUGGAGAUGUUAAAGUCAGAAACAACCCAGACUCGCCAGGAGAGUUUCGACAUCUUUGAAGAUGAAGGAUUAAUUACACAGGGUGGAAGUGGAGUAUUUGGGAUCUGCAGUGAGCCUUAUAUGAAGUAUGUGUGGAACGGUGAACUUCUGGAUAUAAUUAAGAAUACUGUGCAUCGUGACUGGCUGUUGUAUAUUAUUCAUGGGUUCUGUGGACAGUCAAAGCUGUUGAUCUAUGGACGACCAGUCUAUGUCACUCUAAUAGCUAGAAGAUCCAGUAAGUUUGCCGGGACCCGCUUUCUCAAGAGAGGCGCAAACUGUGAGGGCGAUGUUGCAAAUGAAGUGGAGACUGAACAAAUACUCUGCGAUGCUUCUGUGAUGUCUUUUACUGCAGGGAGCUAUUCUUCUUAUGUACAAGUCAGAGGAUCAGUGCCUUUAUACUGGUCUCAGGACAUUUCAACUAUGAUGCCUAAACCACCUAUUACGUUGGAUCAGGCAGAUCCAUUUGCACAUGUGGCUGCCCUUCACUUUGACCAGAUGCUUCAAAGGUUUGGCUCCCCCAUCAUCAUCUUGAAUUUAGUGAAGGAACGAGAGAAAAGAAAGCAUGAGAGAAUUCUGAGUGAAGAACUUGUAGCUGCUGUGACGUACCUCAACCAGUUUUUGCCUCCUGAGCACACCAUUAUUUAUAUUCCUUGGGAUAUGGCCAAGUACACCAAGAGCAAGCUGUGUAAUGUUCUUGAUCGACUGAAUGUGAUUGCAGAAAGUGUGGUGAAGAAAACUGGGUUCUUUGUAAACCGCCCUGAUUCUUACUGUAGCAUUUUGCGGCCAGAUGAAAAGUGGAAUGAACUAGGAGGAUGUGUGAUUCCCACUGGUCGCCUGCAGACUGGUGUUCUUCGAACCAACUGUGUGGACUGUUUAGACCGCACCAACACGGCACAGUUUAUGGUGGGAAAAUGUGCUUUGGCUUAUCAGCUGUACUCCUUGGGACUGAUCGACAAGCCUAAUCUACAGUUUGAUACAGAUGCAGUUAGGUUAUUUGAGGAACUCUAUGAAGAUCAUGGGGAUACCCUGUCCCUUCAGUAUGGUGGUUCUCAACUUGUUCACCGUGUCAAAACCUACAGAAAGAUAGCACCAUGGACCCAGCACUCAAAAGACAUCAUGCAGACCCUGUCUAGAUAUUACAGCAAUGCUUUUUCAGAUGCUGAUAGACAAGAUUCCAUUAAUCUCUUCCUGGGAGUUUUUCAUCCCACUGAAGGGAAACCUCAUCUCUGGGAACUCCCAACAGAUUUUUACUUGCAUCAUAAAAAUACGAUGAGACUUUUACCAACAAGAAGAAGUUACACUUACUGGUGGACACCAGAGGUAAUAAAACAUUUACCACUGCCUUAUGAUGAAGUUAUCUGUGCCGCGAACUUAAAGAAGUUGAUAGUGAAGAAAUUCCACAAAUACGAAGAAGAGAUUGACAUCCACAACGAGUUCUUUCGACCAUACGAACUGAGUAGUUUUGAUGAUACCUUUUGCUUGGCUAUGACAAGUUCAGCACGUGACUUUAUGCCUAAGACCGUUGGCAUCGAUCCAAGUCCGUUUACAGUGCGUAAACCAGAUGAAACAGGAAAAUCAGUAUUGGGGAACAAAAGCAAUAGAGAAGAAGCUGUGUUACAGCGGAAAACAGCAGCCAGUGCCCCGCCACCCCCCAGCGAGGAGGCUGUGUCCAGCAGCUCUGAGGAUGACUCUGGGACCGACCGGGAAGAAGAGGGCUCUGUGUCUCAGCGCUCCACUCCAGUGAAGAUGACCGACACGGGAGACAGUACCAAAGUGACUGAGAAUGUGGUCCAGCCCAUGAAAGAAGUAUAUGGAAUUAACCUCUCAGAUGGUCUCUCAGAAGAAGAUCUCUCCAUUUAUUCAAGAUUUGUUCAGCUGGGUCAGAGUCAACAUAAACAAGACAAGAGCAGCCAGCAACUCUGUUCCAGGUGCCCAGAUGGAGUUAUAAAACUCAUUUGAGUGGGUAUUUCCUGGAAAUAAGAAGAACAUUCUCCAUCAAAAUCACAAUGCAAUCUAGUAAAAUCAGGAAAUCAACAUCAGUGCAUUGCUACCAACGAAUCCUCUAACCUCAUUCAGGUUUUUGCCAUUUGUCCCAAUAACGUCCUUAAUCACAAAAGGGUCUAGUUCAGUGCCGCCCAUUGUAUUUAGUUGUCACUUUAAUCUCUCCUGCUCUGGAACAGUUCCCUAUUCUUCCUUGAUUUUCAUCUCCUUGCCCAUGGAUUUGGGUCUGUCAUGAUGAUCUUCAGAUUAUGAGCCUUCAGCAGUGUGGUAGCCAGCCUUCAAAUUGGGCCCCACCUCCUGUUAUUCCCACCCUCAUGCAGUCUCCUCCCACGUGAUACCACAGUUGAUCUUUGUGACCCA